AGCCAAAAUGAAGGAAAGAGCACAACUUUCUAACGCCACCUCCUCCUUCCCCUAUAUAAACAGAAACAGAACUGCAGCAUGCCCCAAAGAUCAGAUUUUUCACUCAAUGGCGUCAAACGGCAGCUGGAAGGUUGGCCCGACAAUCGGUCAUGGCGCCACUGCAAGCGUCUCCCUCGCCAUCGAAGCUAACUCAACUCAUCUCUUCGCCGUCAAGUCCUCCCCCAUCUCCCGCUCUGCAAUUCUUCAAAAAGAACACUCCAUCCUCUCCUCCCUCACCUCUCCCCACAUCGUCUCUUGCCUCGGCUUCGAUAUCUCCGGCGAAUCCUACCACCUGUUCCUCGAGCUCGCCGCCAUGGGAGCCCUCUCCGAUGUCGCCGGCCGUCUCGACGAGCCCAAAAUCCGAUCUUUCACUCGCCAGAUCCUUCUCGGACUCUCCUACCUCCAUUCCGAAGGUAUCGCCCACUGCGAUGUGAAGGGCGGGAAUGUUCUUCUCUGCUCCGAUGACCUCGUAAAGCUCGCCGAUUUCGGUUGCGCGAGGAGGGAUGGUGAUGGCGGUCGGUUGGUGAUGGGGACGCCGGCGUACAUGUCUCCGGAAGCGGUUAGAGGAGAGGAGCAGGGGAUCGCCGGCGAUGUGUGGUCGCUUGGGUGCACGGUAGUGGAGAUGGCUACUGGGAAGUCGCCGUGGCCUGAAGCUGCAAAUUCAGUUGCUGCUAUUCAUCAGAUUUCGUUUUCCUCUGAUGUUCCAGAGAUGCCGGAAUGGAUUUCUGAUGAAGGAAAGGAUUUUGUUUCCAAGUGCUUGAGACGUGAUCCGAAGGAAAGGUGGACGGCGGAGCAGCUUCUUCGCCAUCCAUUUGUUUUGGAAGAAGAGGAGCUCUGCUCCAGUUCGAAGAAGGGCGGAGAAGGGGAAGCGGGUCUCGCCCAAGAGCACCAUUGA